UCAGUGCCUUUGGCCACGUUGGAAGAUGUCAUCUCAAACUAAGUUCAAGAAAGACAAAGAGAUCAUUGCCGAAUAUGAAGCCCAAAUAAAAGAGAUCCGCACGCAGCUGGUGGAGCAGUUCAAAUGCCUGGAGCAGCAGUCUGAGUCCCGGCUGCAGCUGCUCCAGGACCUCCAGGAGUUCUUCCGCCGGAAAGCUGAGAUUGAGCUCGAGUACUCCCGCAGCCUGGAGAAGCUGGCCGAGCGGUUCUCCUCCAAGAUCCGCAGUUCCCGAGAGCACCAGUUCAAGAAGGACCAGUACCUCCUCUCGCCUGUGAACUGUUGGUAUCUGGUCCUGCAUCAGACCAGGCGGGAGAGUCGAGAUCAUGCCACCCUCAAUGACAUCUUCAUGAACAAUGUCAUCGUCCGCCUCUCACAGAUCAGCGAGGAUGUCAUCAGACUCUUCAAAAAGAGCAAGGAGAUUGGCCUGCAGAUGCAUGAGGAGCUCCUGAAGGUCACCAAUGAGCUCUACACAGUCAUGAAAACCUACCACAUGUACCACGCGGAGAGCAUCAGCGCAGAAAGCAAGCUGAAGGAGGCCGAGAAGCAGGAGGAGAAGCAAUUCAACAAGUCGGGAGACCUCAGCAUGAACCUGCUGCGGCACGAGGACCGGCCCCAGCGCCGCAGCUCUGUGAAGAAGAUUGAGAAGAUGAAGGAGAAGAGGCAGGCCAAGUAUUCUGAGAACAAGCUGAAAUGCACAAAGGCCCGGAACGACUACUUGCUGAAUCUGGCGGCCACCAAUGCAGCUAUCAGCAAAUACUACAUCCACGACGUCUCCGACCUAAUCGAUUGCUGUGAUCUGGGCUUUCAUGCCAGCCUGGCCCGCACCUUCCGGACCUACCUCUCGGCUGAGUACAACCUGGAGACCUCUCGCCACGAGGGGUUGGACGUCAUCGAGAACGCGGUGGACAACCUGGAUUCCCGAAGUGACAAGCACACAGUCAUGGACAUGUGCAACCAGGUCUUCUGUCCCCCGCUCAAGUUUGAGUUCCAGCCCCACAUGGGGGAUGAGGUCUGCCAGGUCAGUGCUCAGCAGCCCGUCCAGACGGAAUUGCUCAUGCGGUACCACCAGCUGCAGUCCAGACUGGCCACUCUCAAGAUAGAGAAUGAGGAGGUUAGGAAAACCCUGGAUGCCACCAUGCAGACCUUGCAGGACAUGCUGACCGUGGAGGACUUCGAUGUCUCUGAUGCCUUCCAGCAUAGUCGAUCUACAGAGUCUGUGAAGUCGGCCGCCUCCGAGACCUACAUGAGCAAGAUCAACAUCGCCAAAAGGAGAGCCAACCAGCAGGAAACAGAAAUGUUUUAUUUUACGAAAUUUAAAGAAUAUGUGAACGGCAGUAACCUCAUCACUAAGCUACAGGCCAAGCACGACUUGCUCAAGCAGACCCUGGGUGAAGGAGAGAGAGCAGAAUGUGGCACAACCAGAGGAAGAAGAAAUGCUCGAACCAGGAACCAGGAUUCAGGACAAGCUAUACCGCUUGUAGUCGAGAGCUGUAUCCGGUACAUCAAUUUAUACGGACUCCAGCAGCAAGGGAUCUUCCGAGUACCAGGAUCUCAGGUUGAAGUCAAUGACAUAAAAAAUUCCUUUGAGAGAGGCGAAGACCCCCUUGUGGAUGAUCAAAAUGAACGAGAUAUCAAUUCCGUUGCUGGUGUUUUAAAACUGUAUUUCCGAGGCCUGGAAAACCCACUCUUUCCUAAGGAAAGGUUUCAAGAUUUGAUAUCUACUAUUAAACUGGAGAACCCAGCUGAGAGGGUGCACCAGAUCCAGCAAAUCCUCAUCACCCUUCCCCGAGUGGUCAUCGUGGUCAUGAGAUACCUCUUUGCUUUCCUCAACCACCUCUCGCAGUAUAGCGACGAGAACAUGAUGGAUCCCUACAACCUGGCCAUCUGCUUCGGGCCCACCCUCAUGCACAUCCCUGAUGGGCAGGACCCUGUGUCCUGCCAGGCACACGUCAAUGAAGUCAUCAAAACCAUCAUCAUCCAUCAUGAAGCCAUCUUCCCCAGCCCCCGGGAGCUAGAGGGACCUGUGUAUGAAAAAUGCAUGGCUGGAGGGGAAGAAUAUUGUGACAGUCCACACAGCGAACCAGGGACUAUUGAUGAAGUUGACCACGACAAUGGCACGGAGCCUCACACCAGUGAUGAAGAAGUGGAGCAGAUUGAGGCCAUCGCCAAGUUUGACUAUGUGGGGCGGUCCCCGCGUGAGCUGUCCUUCAAGAAGGGGGCCUCGCUGCUACUGUACCACCGCGCCUCGGAGGAUUGGUGGGAGGGUCGUCACAAUGGCGUGGACGGACUCAUCCCACAUCAGUACAUAGUCGUACAGGACAUGGAUGAUGCCUUCUCCGACAGCCUGAGCCAGAAGGCUGACAGCGAGGCCAGCAGUGGGCCGCUGCUGGAUGACAAGGCCUCCUCCAAAAACGACCUCCAGUCGCCCACGGAGCACAUCUCGGAUUACGGCUUUGGGGGGGUGAUGGGCCGAGUGCGGUUACGAUCUGACGGAGCGGCCAUCCCCAGGCGCCGAAGCGGGGGCGACACCCACAGCCCACCCCGGGGCCUGGGCCCCAGCAUAGACACGCCGCCCCGGGCUGCCGCCUGCCCCAGCAGCCCCCACAAAAUCCCCCUCACCCGGGGGAGGAUCGAGAGCCCUGAGAAGCGGAGGAUGGCGACAUUUGGGAGUGCCGGCAGCAUCAACUACCCUGACAAGAAGGCUCUCUCGGAAGGGCACUCGAUGAGGUCGACAUGCGGCUCCACCAGGCACAGCAGCCUGGGGGACCACAAGUCCCUGGAGGCUGAGGCCCUGGCAGAAGACAUCGAGAAGACCAUGAGCACGGCUCUGCACGAGUUGCGGGAACUCGAGAGACAGAACACGGUCAAGCAGGCGCCAGAUGUGGUGCUGGACACCCUGGAGCCCCUGAAGAACCCGCCGGGCCCCAUCAGCUCCGAGCCCGCCAGCCCCCUGCACACCAUCGUCAUCCGCGACCCGGACGCCGCCAUGCGCCGCAGCAGCAGCUCGUCCACCGAGAUGAUGACCACCUUCAAGCCCGCCCUGUCGGCGCGUCUGGCCGGCGCCCAGCUGCGCCCGCCCCCGAUGCGGCCCGUGCGGCCUGUGGUCCAGCAUCGCUCCAGCAGCAGCAGCAGCUCGGGCGUGGGCAGCCCGGCCGUGACGCCCACCGAGAAGAUGUUCCCCAACAGCUCCGCGGACAAGUCGGGCACCAUGUGACCUACAGCACAGGGCGGCGCCGCCACGGCUGAGGGUGGCCUCUGUGACCUCCGCGGCCUUGCCACGGGCUCCUGGCCUUGUCGGGCAGGGACCAGAAGGUCGCCUGGAAACGCGUCUGUGCAGAGCCGAGGCCCGGCCGCUGGCCGCAGCUGGUAUUCAGCCAUGUGAAUCCCACAGACCUCCCGUGUGCGAGCAGGCCCCCCGGGGGGGUGGGGGGGGCAGGAGGCCCCACUAAAGCAUCUCCUAAGCUUGGGCCAAAAUGUUCGAUGGCUUCCCAGCGUAUGGUCACUGGAAAAUUAUUCUCUCGACAUUCUCUCUGCAUACAUAAAUAUGUGUGUAUAUAUGUGUGUGCAUAUAUACACACAUACAUGUAUGUGUCGGUGUGUGUAGAUAUAUAUAUUUAUGCAUCUGUAUACAUAUACUAGAUCUGGACACACGACUAAAUGUAUAUAGGAUCUCCGUUUUUCUUUUUAUGAAACUUAGAUUUACCUCAGACCCAUGCCACCAAACACCUCCUGCUGAGUUACUUGGUGGGACUUGCAGGGACCUUUCUGGGAGAAUUUAGAGGCCUCAGUGACUUCGAACGAAGCAAUACACCACUAACCUGCAGAAAAACACACAAAAAUGGUCUCCCACUGUCUCCAGAAGUCGUGGCCUUCCAGAAUAGUCUGCCCCUAACGGAAGGGUGGGGCAGGCGGUACCCCCAAGCAGGUUGCUCCUAGAGGUGGGGAACCCUUCACAGAACACCCGCCCCCAUCCACCCCAGAGACCCUGCCUUUCCACCUGGAGGCCGAGGGCCAACUGUAUCCCCCAAGGCACGGGAGGAUGUUGGCGAGAUGGCCCCUGACCACAGCAUCCUUGUGUUUGUACGUAGAAAAAGGGUAUAGUGAGAACCUAAGCCCCGUUGUAGCACAGUGUUCUGUGUGGUUGGGAAAAAGGAAAAACAAAAACAGUGGUGUGGAACACUUCAAAACCUAGACAUGCUGUAGGAAUAAACCUGUGGUAACUAUAGAGGUUUAACUUAUACCAUUUUCAAAAUAUUUAAUUUUUUCUUUUCUUCUUUCUACUAAUUAUACUGUGUCAGAUCUGGAACUAAACAGGCAAGGAGGCUUACAGUCAUAUCAUUUUAACUUAAAAUCAGUCCAUGACCCACUUUGGCUGGUGCCCUCCUGCAUGAGGCCCAGGAGCCUCUCAGCAGGGGCCAGAGGGGGGCCAUCCUUGGCACUUUCCGUCCCAGAAAACACUCCGGUUGAGUUUAUGCAGGUGAAAUGGCUUCCUCUCUCCCUUCCCAACCCCUGCCCGCCCCCCCCACGCUCCUCCCACCACCUCCAGAGCAUUUAAUGUAAUUGCAAAUAUGGUGAUAGAACUGAGGUGAGUGACUUUUAGGAAUUAGGAGCUAGACUUCUGCCUCUCAGCUGGGAAAAGGCCUUCUGGAUCACUCUUGUUCCAUUUUACUUCCUCUUUUGAUCUUUUCAUUUUCCAGAGAUAGGCUGUUUCUGGCUAAUGGAGCGAAGGCGGAUCAGAUCCUACGGGGACCACUUUUAUUCAUCCCCUCAUUCCAAGCCAAGGGUCUCCUUUUUCUUCUCAAGCUUUCUCUCUUUCUCCCAAGGCCUCUGAGUGUAUCUCCAUGGCUGUGGUUUGGAGUCAAAAGUCCUGUGUUUGCGUCCCAGCCCCAACCCCAUAGGAGCUGUGGGACUUUGGGCAUGUCACUCCACCUCAUUGAGCCCCAGUUUCCUACUCCAUAAAACGAAGGUAACAAAGGUAAAAUGUAAAUGAGCAAGUUCUGUAAGCUGGAAAGCACUGUGCCAACAUGAUUGCUCUUUUUAUUAUCAUUAGUAAGGUAAGUCUUUUAGAUUCAAAACCCAUCCAGGAUCUUCCUUUUGAAGUCUCCUAAUGGCAUUUGAGAACUGGGCAGUGGAAUUUUCCUAACAGUUUCUUAAGAGCCCUG